AUGAGACAAGUUGCCAGAAAACCUGAUCCGCUUUCCGCUCAAGUAUUGCUAGCUACCGCCUUAGUCCAGGUAUGCCCGCAUCAUGGUAAUUUAAUCACCGCCAGAGUGUUGAUUGAUCAAGGUUCAGAGCUCUCAUUUAUGAAACAGUCGCUCUUCAAGAAGCUUGGACAACCGCUACAGCGUGACAUGGUCAUGCUCAAGGGCAUUGGCAAUGUCUCCGCAGGAAGCUCACUAGGUGUGAGCACAAUUGAGCUUCGUUCGCUGUGUACGACCGCAUCAAUGCAUGUCAGCAUGCAUAUUCUACCAACACUGACGGUAGAUCUUCCAUCGUUCGUGAUCGCUGAUCCGAAAUGGCCGCAUCUUGAGAAUCUCAAGCUCGCUGACCCACAGUAUCUACAGCCACGCCCUGUAGAUAUUAUUCUAGGUGCAUCACCAGCCGCACAGAUCAUGAACGCAGAGAUUCAACGAGGACCUCGCAAUGCUCCUAUUGCACAAUCCACCACGCUUGGUUGGAUUGUCUAUGGAGCUGUCACCGCUAAACACGCUUCAACAUCACACGCAGCACUACAUGCGUCAGUAGAUACUGAAUUACAAGACGCUAUCGCUAAGUUUUGGGAACAGGAAGAAGUUCCAUCAGGAAAUUCACCGCUCAACACCGCUGAAGAAGACGAAUGUGAAAUUCACUUUCGUCAAACGCAUUAUCGACAGCCUGAUGGACGCUACGUAGUGAGAUUACCGCUUAAGACCCUUGAGAGUCAACUUGGCGACUCUAUCAACGCAGCUAUGGGGUCACUCCGCAGAUUAAUAACUCGCUUGUCGCGAGAAAGAGAAUAUUCUGACAUGUAUCGUGCAUUCAUGGCAGAAUACAUUCAACUAGGACACAUGGUACGAGUACUAGUCAACGAAUUGCCCGCAAACGCUUACUUCUUGCCUCACCAUGGGGUAUUGAAGCUUGAUAGUGCCACUACGAAGCUCCGCACAGUGUUCAAUGGUUCCUGUGCAACAUCUACAGGAAUUUCAUUGAACGACAUUCUCCACGCAGGACCCAAAACGCAAAUUGACAUUUUUGAUGUGAUGUUGAGAAUCCUUUGCAGCAGGAUUCUAUUCGCUACUGACAUCACCAAGAUGUUCAGACCGAUUGAGGUCGACUCGCUUGAUUGGCCGCUUCAGUGCAUUCUCUGGAUAGAUGAGAAUGAGUUAAUAGACGCUUACUGUCUCAAGACAGUCACAUACGGAACCGCUAGUGCACCUUUUGACGCAGUACGUGUACUUAUCCAACUAGUAAAGGAUGAAGGACACCGCUUUCCGCUAGCUGUUGCUCUAAUGUUGAAAACACGCUACGUAGAUGACAUCUACGGUGGAGCAGACAACGAAGAAGACGCUAUCAAGGCUGCAGUACAAACAAAAGCUCUGUGUGCAGCAGGCUGCUUCCCGCUUGCCAAAUGGGCUAGCAAUAGCCCACGGUUACUCGCUGAAGUCGCUUCAGAAAAGCAGCUGGAUACACCGCUUAAAGAAAUCAGUGAUGCACCAGUAAAAGUCCUGGGCAUGUACUGGAAUUCACGCACUGACGCUCUCCAGUUCAAGUACACGCUACCGCCAGUGACGCCCAAGACAAAAAGAGCUAUUUUGUCUGAAAUCGCUAAGCUGUAUGACCCGCUAGGACUUCUCGCACCAAUAGUCGUCAAAGCCAAGAUCUUUAUGCAAAAUCAGUGGCUAGAUAGAGUGUCAUGGGAUGAACAAUUGUCACCAUCACUCAUUCACAAAUGGACUGGAUACCGCGAGGAUCUUCGAAACAUCGAAUCCAUCCGCAUUCCACGCUGGAAUAAUAUAGCACCUGGAGCAACUAUGGAAUUGCACGGGUUCUUAGACGCUUCGCAAAACGCUAUGGCUGCCGCUGUUUAUUUGAGAGUCACUGACGCUGAUGGGAACAUAAAGGUCUCACUUUUGUGUUCAAAAACGCAAGUAGCACCGCUGAAGACCAUGACAAUCCCACGCUUGGAAUUAUCUGCCGCAUGGUUGCUAAUACAACUGAUACUUCAUGUUAAAGAAGUUCAGUCGCUUGAAAAUGUCAGGAUCAAUCUCUGGACUGACUCCGCCGUGACUCUCGCAUGGAUUAAAAGUCCAGCAAUCCGCUGGAAGACAUUCGUCCGCAAUAGAGUGGGAAAAAUCCAAGAAACGCUUCGAGAUGUCUCCUGGAAAUUUAUUCCAGGAAAACAAAACCCCGCUGACUGCGCUUCAAGAGAAUCCUCUUGGCCCACUCUGGAGCCUCCAAUCGAUAACGCAACGCAUCGAGAAGAACGCCAAGGUCUGACACUAGUAACUUGGAAAGCAGAAAAUUGCCUGCUCCAACAAUUACUGUCGCAUUACACGCAGCUGUUUCCACUGCUACGGAAGCUUAGCAUCUGGCAUCGUGCCAUCGACCGCUUUAAAAGAGUUCCACAAUCUUCGCUGGCCUACCCGCUUACUCCAUCAGACCUGGAGCGCGCUAAAUUGACCUUGAUUAAGUUCACUCAAGGACAAUACUUCGCUAGAGAGAUUCACACGCUACAAGAUGGUGAUGGUCUGCCAAAAAAUAACAGCAUCACUAAGCUGACUCCGUUCAUCGACCAUCAGGGGGUCCUGAGAGUCGGUGGCCGCUUGAAAAACGCAUUGCUGGACCCAGAAGAGAGGCAUCCAGCGAUUCUACCGUGA